AUGGCUCACGGUGCUGAGGACUGUGCUACAGUCCUCGAGCAGUUCGUUCACGAUUCGGCGAACUUGCCCCUCGAGAUCAAUCAUCUGAUGGAAGAGAUACAAGCCAAAGACAAGAUCAUGCAAGAGUCUCGCGUCACGAUCAACUCCAAGGAUGGAAGUCUUCAAAAGUUCAUCAAACUGAAUGGCAGUCUGGCACCUAAUCCCAAGGAAGAGCAGUACACAAAGGCUGUGCUCGAAAGUUUUGAUCGGAGCCAGCAGCUUCAGGAAGAAAAGAUUCAGCUGAGCGACAAGGCAUGUGUCCUCUUGGACCGUCAGAUCAAAAGACUAGACAUGCGCCUACGCGAACUCGUGAAUGACGGCGUUCUUUCCAAUGAUCCACCACUUCCCUCAUUGUUCGACAACAAAAACAAUUACCGCGACCCUCCACGAGUAUUUUUUCCCGACGCUACUCCUUCUGAAUCCUCCUCCUAUGCUACACCUUUGAAUCAAACCUCUGGAAAUGUCAAUCCCAUACUGGCUGCCGCUCAACGCCUGAGCCAGGCCACUCCACGUGUAUCAGGCCCCUCUACCAUCGCUGCUCAAGGUGGCGCUCGAAGCUCAGCACCGGCCACUCCUGCUGCAUCGGCAGCGAUCCAUCUUCACCAACGUCAGCGAGAGUCUUCUGCGGGUGCAAUCGACACUAAACGUCGGCGACUUAAUGCAUCCCUCGGUACUCUUCCCGCUGCAUCGUCCAACUUGCGUCAGUCGUCAAUAGGACCUGGAACACCCAAGGCAGGCACGCCUGCUGGCAGCCGCGCUGGUAGUGUUGGGCCACGUGGCGCAACUGGCAUCAAGAAAGCCCUCACAAAGAAAAUUGCCCCUCACCAGCAAAGCAAGAAGCUCAAAGCCUCGUCGUCUAGCAAGCACACCAAGCGAUCAUCCAGUGCCAGCGGUCGUAUCAAGGCGUCGAAGAAAUCACCAACAGGCGACGGUGCAGACGACGACGACUCUAUGCUCAGUAGUGCUGAUGUGUCGGAAUCCGACAAAAGCGAUGGUGCUGAUGGCGAUGAGGAUGUUGAUGACGACGAUGAUGACGAGGAGGGCGCUGAAGAUACCAAGGUGUACUGCACUUGCCGUACAGUCAGCCAUGGGGACAUGGUCGCCUGUGAUCACGACGGCUGUCCUUACGAAUGGUUCCACUGGAAAUGUGUUGGGCUUACCCGGGAGCCGGUCGGGGCUUGGUUUUGUGAUGAGUGUCGAAAGACGCUCGGGAAGUAA